GCUCCCGAUCAGUCGCUUUAGUUCUGUCUUGUCUCUAGUGCAAACUCAGGAUAUUCCCGCCAACCACGCAGGGGUGCCAACGAAACGGACUUUUUGGCGGGUUCUGCUAUAAACUACAUUUCACCAUGAAGCUGAUAGUGCUGGCGCUCUUCAUCGGAGCGUCUGCUGCUGCCAAAUUGGACAACACCUACCUCCCUCCCUCGGGUGCCGGUACCUCUGGAGGAAGUCCUGGAGCCAUCUCGCCUCCGUUCGGAGGUGGAGGUAGACCUGGAGGUCCCGGAGGCUUCCCAGGAGGACCUGGAGGUGCAGGAUUCCCAGGAGGUCCAGGAUUCCCAGGAGCUGGAGGUCGUCCAGGUGGUCCAGGAGCUGGUGGAUUCCCAGGAGGUCCAGGAUUCCCAGGAGCUGGAGGUCGUCCAGGUGGUCCAGGAGCUGGUGGGUUCCCAGGAGGUCCAGGAUUCCCAGGAGCUGGAGGACGUCCAGGAGGUCCAGGAGCUGGUGGAUUCCCAGGAGGUCCAGGAGGAGCAGGAUUCCCAGGAGCCGGAGGUCGUCCAGGAGGUGCCGGAUUCCCAGGAGCAUCUGGUCCCGGAGGUGCAGGAUUUCCAGGAGCUGGAGGUAGACCAGGAGGCCCAGGAGCUGGAGGAUUCCCAGGAGGCCCAGGAGCUGGAGGAUUCCCAGGAGGUUCAGGAGGUGGUUUCCCAGGUGCUGGUGCUCCUUCAGGUCCAUCAGGCCCCAUUAUCCCCAUCAUAUCCCAGACUAACCAGCCAAACCUUGGAGAUGGAUCCUACUCAUGGAGCUACGAAUCAGGCAACGGAAUCAGAGCCCAGGAACAGGGCGCCCAGAAACCCGGCCCCGAGGGUCCAGGAACGGCAGCCCAGGGCGCCUUCUCCUACACGGGCACCGACGGCCAGACCUACUCCAUCACCUACACAGCCGACGAGAACGGAUUCGUGCCUCAGGGCGCUCAUCUGCCUACGCCGCCACCAAUACCCGAGGAGAUCCUCAAGGCGCUCGAGAAGAAUGCUGCUGACGAGGCCGCUGGUAUCUUCGAUGAUGGACAGUACAAACCUGCUCCUGGUGCAGGAGGUGCCGGAGGUAGACCAGGUGGAUUCCAGGGCGGUCAGGGAGGAUUCCAGGGCGGUCAAGGUGGAUUCCAGGGAGGUCAGGGAGGAUUCCAGGGCGGUCAGGGAGGAUUCCAGGGAGGUCAGGGAGGAUUCCAGGGCGGUCAAGGCGGAUUCCAGGGCGGUCAAGGUGGGCAGGGAGGUUACCAGACUGGUGGUGGACAAGGCGGUAGACCAGGCACAUCCUUCCCUUCAGGACCAUCAGGUGGUGGCUUCCCAUCCUCAGGAACAGGCGGUGGAUAUCCUUCAGGAUCAGGCGGUGGAUAUCCUUCAGGAUCAGGCGGCCAGGGUGGAUCCGCUGGUUACUCCUACCCCAAACCUGGAAAAUAAAUCGAGGAAAACUAAUGUAACGAAAAAUAUCCAACCUAACAGAACUGAAAACGCUUAUUCUUGUCUAUGUGUAGUAGGAUUUCUACUUUUAUACAAUAAUUCUCAAUUAGUUACCAGUAAGUGAUAGGUUACAGUAUUAUUAGUAAAGAGCAAAUCAAAAAUCCAAAAAAAUUAGAAUAGAUAGAGCGCGUACCCCAACAAAGUUACCAUAGUUUUACAAUUCUAUUUUGGCUUCCAUUGAUCUGAUUAAGAAAAUUUCAAUCUAUUUCCUGCAGAAGAAUAAUAUGUAUAUUUAUAAUAGUCCUCUCCAAGAAUAUACUUAUUUAUAUUCAAGCAAUAUAAACCUAAAAUGAUAUAUUUGAUUCAUCAUGAGUUACCAUAUUGGUCAAUUUGUAUCUUAGAAUUCUCACAAAAUGACUUUAUUUGGUGGAAUAUGUCAUAUUGUGUCCAUUACAAUAAAUUAUACAUUAUCUUGAAAAUUGUGCACAGUACAAUCUCAUGUACUCUAAUAGUGUUUCAAAAAUACCUUUUCUCCUAAAACCCAGAGUAUAGCUAGGUAAUAUAAAUGAUUGUUAAACCUUCCCUUAGAAUUCAGUUACCAUUAUGUAUGAUAGAGUACAAAGCUAUAUUACUCCAAUUCCUUCCUGAAAACCUCAACAUCCCUGACCUUUCAUCCAAAUCCUCAACCUGAAAAAAACUGUUAAAUUAUUCCUAAGUCUUUCAGUGAUGUUGUGCCAGUUUCUCCAGUUUCAAAACGUGUUUCUUGAAGACAUGUUAUGAUAAGGAGUUGACAAAACUAUGAAAUUUUCAAAAUAGUAUCGAAUUUGUAAAUAUGAAAGAUGUAAAGUAUUUAAUGUAAGAAUAAAUGUGUUUUAUAACGAA